CUAAACAUUCCGUUUCAAUUUACCAUCGAUUCGGGAUUCGAGUCGUGCAGCCGAUGGGUCGACCAGCGUCGUCGUCCUUGGUCAAGGGUCCCGGCUUGAAAUUCGUCUUGCAUAUUUUUCCCGAUCUAACUCGGACCCAUCCUCACCAAAUUCACAUUGUUCCGCCUGUCACGAUGAGACGUUACGUCGCCGGAUUCCCAGAGUUCCGAUAUUUAUUCAUCUGCAUCCUCCCGGUUUUUCGUAUUCCCAGUGGAAAGUGAAAGUGCACCCGUCAAAAUGUACGGCAUGCUUCUGGAGAGCAUCCAGUAUUACUGCCAGUUGGAGUACGGCGAGGACGUAUGGCUUGAAAUGAUGCGGAGUCUGGGUUUGGAGUCGACGGUGUUCCGGACCCGCUCCAUCUACCCGGACCACCUGAUCCCGGACUUGGCCGAGGCUUGCGCCAAAGUCCUCGACAACGGCGCCUCCGUCGACUACUUCAUGCGUUUCUUCGGCCGAUGCUUCAUCCGCCAUCAAGCAAACAUUGGUUAUCAGGAUGUCAUCAAAGCCACGGGCCGGCAUUUCAUCGACUUCCUGAAAAAUGUGGACAAUUUGCAUCUGCAGAUGAGGUUCGCGUACCCGAAAAUGAAGAGCCCGUCCAUGUACGUGACCAACUUCGACAACAACGGAGUCGUCCUUGUCUACCGCAGCUCACGACAGGGAUUCACCCAGUACUUCAUGGGUCAGCUGCAGGAGAUCGCAGGGAGCCUGUACCGGAUCAAGCUGGGGAUCAAGGUGCUCUCGGAGGAGAUGGAGGUGAAGAAGAAGCGCUCCUGCGGGGGGCUCAAGAACUUCCUGGUCAAGUUCCGGCUCAACUUCGACAACCAGGAGUACGUGGCGCGGCAGCUGAGCAUGACGCACAAGUCCCGGAUCUCGGACCUCCCGCCGGUCUCCUGCUCCCUCUUGUUGCGCCUCUUCCCGUUCGGGGUCGCCUUCGACGAGCGAAUGCGCAUCGUCCAGCUCGGCGAGAAGCUCCUCGAGGUCUGGGCCGCCUCCGCAGGACCCGACGCCGCCGCCGAAGAGUCCCUCGUCGGCCGCCCCGUCGUCGACAACUUCAGGCUCCGACGCCCCCGCGGCAUCCCCUUCACCUGGCCGAAUAUGUUGUACUUGAUAGACGUUACGUUCGAGCUAGAGGUCAUUCGCCUACCAUCCUACAUGACAUCUAAGUCUAAGAACAAGGCCCAAAGCAAGAGCUCUCAAAAACUGGAAGGGGCUGUAUCGUUGCCAGACUUGCUGGAUCGGAAAGGUAGUCAUGGCUCCCGCAGUAUUCUUCUCAAAGGGCAACUCAGAUACCUCCAAGAAAUCAACGUCAUCAUAUUCCUCUGCAGUCCAGUAAUCAAUAAUUUAGACGAAAUGCAGAGCAUGGAUUUAUACGUGAAUGAUCUAAACAUGCACGGUCUGAGUCGAGAAUUAGUAUUAAAAGGAUGGCACCACUGCUCCAGGUUGGAACUGAUGCACGAGCGAGCAGAACAAAGAUCCAACCAACUGGAGGACAGUUACGCUCUUUUAGACUGUUGGAAGAAGCGAGGCGACGAUCUGCUGUACUCUAUGAUUCCCAGGACAGUCGCGGAUCGACUCAGAGCAGGCGAGAGCCCUCUCAGCACUUGCAAGGCUUACGACAUGGUCUCUGUUAUGUUCUGUCAACUGGUGGAUCUGAACAAAAAGCGAACUCCUACUGUGGAGGGGGUCAUGGACGUCGUAAAUAGUAUGAAUCACGUAUACACUUGCUUCGAUGCGCUUAUUGAUAGAUUCAACACCUACAAGGUUGAGACAGUUGGAGAAGUUUAUAUGGCUGUGAGUGGGGCGCCAGAAACAUGCGCUGAUCAUGCUGAGAAUAUAGCUAACGUUGCAUUGUGUUUCAUGCGUCAAAUUAAGAAACUCACAGUUCCGUCCGGGGUUACUCCAAAAAUUAAAAUAGGAAUCCACUCCGGACCCGUGGUGGCUGGUGUGGUCGGGUUCAAAUUACCUCGCUUCUGUUUAUUUGGUGACACGGUUAACGUCGCAGCCCGGCUUCAGUCUUCAUCGAAGCCUGAUAAGAUCCAUAUCUCAAAUAUAACGGCAAAAAUCCUCGCAAAUAGAGAAAACUACAAAACCACUUUCAGAGGCUUAACACCAUUGAAGGGCAAAGGUGAGAUGGAGACGUAUUGGCUGGAGGAAGGUUCUACUGUCCAUGAGUCGGUGAUAGCAGCCAUGCAAUUUGACGAGUUACUCAAUGCUCUACCGGAGAGUAAUAUAUAAGAAGUACGGAAGUUUUUAGAUAAUUACAAUCCUAGAUUUGAGAUGAAUGAUUUGUGAUUUUUUAUGAGUUCAAGCAAAAUGGUCCUUAUGGUGGAAAAAUAUGAGGUGACAUAACUACACCGUUUAAAAUAUUUGUGUUCUUGUGCUACUUGUGGUUAAUAUAGGAGGUGGAACACAAACCAAUCCAAUUUUUGUGUUGAUUUUGGUUUAGUUUGCGGUGAAUUUAGCGCAGAAAAUAGUGGACAGACUGGGAAGCCCUAGAGACAACCGAAUGCUCGGGUUAUUUUGUGUUUUACUUCCCAUAUUAACCGAACUUUUGUGUUGAGUUGUCUCUCUGUGUUUAUCUCGGCGCAGCGGAGUUAAAUUUGCAUUGCUUAUUUUGGCGUAAAAACACCCUAAGAUUCCAGAAAUUGACCUUUAGAGGACAUUUUUAGCCCGUUUUCUAGCUUUGUUUAUUACACUGGAUACAUUUUAGAUCCUUGAAUAUCAUAUCAAAUUAGACGUACGCAUCAUUAAGCUAGCGAAGUCUAUGUAAACGAGACUUUGAAAGUUUCAAAAACAUUUCUAUGACAUCUCUGAAAAUGUUUUAAUAAAAUGUUUCCGUCACAUU